ACGUUCACGUAGCCCCUCAUCAUUGUUGAAGUUGUUAUGGGAUACUACAUGGUCAAAUGGGGAGCAGGAGUGCAUCAAUGGCAGAUUACACUCCAGCAAUUGUUCAGGCAGCUCUACUGGGCAAACGUCGCGCAGAUCAUCUACUGUCCGCUCAGCUUCGUCGUGAAAAUGGCCAUCUUGCUCCAGUACUUGCGCCUCUUCGCACCGAGCCGCAGCGUGAACGCGGUAAUGUGGUACGGCGCCUGGAUCACGAUUGCCUCCUGCUUCAUCUUCUACACCGUCUUCAUGUUCUGGACUAUGUUCUACUGCCAGCCCCGCGAGGCGAUCUGGAACAAGCUCACACCCGGCGGAAAGUGCCACGACGUGAACCACAUAAUCAUCAGCCAAGGCGCGUUCAACAUGGGCUCGGAUAUCGCCAUCCUGCUCCUCCCCACGUCCUCCCUAUGGACGCUGAACGUGCCCCUCGGACGAAAGAUCGCCGUCACCUUGCUAUUCGCGACAGGAUUACUAGCAUGCGCGGCAUCCGCCAUGCGCAUCGUCUUCACCACCAUGAUCGCCCCCGUAAUCUCCCAAGCCGACGUAUCGCACAACGGCCUCUUCAUCGGACUCUGGACCGAAGCCGAAGUCUCGCUCGGCUUCAUCGUCGCCUGCUCCCUCUGCCUACCCAAGCUCAUCCAGGCGAAGGGCAAGAAGCUCAAGCGCGCAAUGUCCAAAGCCUCGUCGCCGUUCUCCACUAUGCGCAGUACCGUGCGUAGCGUGUCGCGCAGAAGCACGUUCACCUUGCGCAGCGGUUCAAGGAAGAGCACGCAAGCUACUUCGCGAGGCUCGAUCCAAUUGAACGACCUGGAACCGAAGCAAGCCGCGUAUUGCGAGGAGCGCGAACUGGAACAGCAGCCGCAGCCGCAGCCAACAAAACAUACACCUGAUCCCUACGCUCUACCUACUACCACCGGCAGCAGCGAAUAUUCGCAAAGCAUCGACUCGAAGCGCCACAGCGACGAAGACAACAGUAUCAGACUAGCGCCGCUGCACGUGCCGAGAACAUCAUCGAGCGAUCUCUACUCGAGUGUGCGGUCGCCCGCGCAUAGAAUGACGCGUGAUCAGAUGACGCCCGAGCAGCUGCGCGACGAAAUCAAUAUGUUGCAGCAGUUUAACUUUGGGUCGAGGCGGCCGUCCGUGGAGGAAUAGCGCGCUUUUGUAUCAGCGGGAGAGGGAAUGAGAGAUAUUGUGGAGCUUUCCUUUAUGCAUUGAGAUAAUGAAACACGCUUGGAGGGCUAUUUACUUCUGCCUUCGAGGUGGAGACACGUUCCCCACCGACAGCGACAGCGUAUUCGGGGUAUCAUG